GUCUCUGACUCGGAUAAAUGAUAACUUGUGUAACGGUAAUAACUUGUAUGAAGGUAAUAACUUGUAUAACGCUAAUAACUUGUAUAACGCUAAUAACUUGUAUAACGGUAAUAACUUGUAUGAAGGUAAUAACUUGUUUGACGGUAAUAACUUGUAUGACGGUAAUAACUUGUAUAACGGUAAUAACUUGUAUGACGGUAAUAACUUGUAUGACGGUAAUAACUUGUAUGACGGUAAUAACUUGUAUAACGGUAAUAACUUGUAUAACGGUAACAACUUGUAUAACUUUAAUAACUUGUAUAACGGUAAUAACUUGUAUAACGGUAAUAACUUGUAUAACGGUAAUAACUUGUAUAACGGUAAUAACUUGUAUGAAGGUAAUAACUUGUAUGACGGUAAUAACUUGUAUAACGGUAAUAACUUGUAUAACGGUAAUAACUUGUAUGACGGUAAUAACUUGUAUGACGGUGUUAACUUGUAUGACGGUAAUAACUUGUAUGACGGUAAUAACUUGUAUAACGGUAAUAACUUGUAUGACGGUAAUAACUUGUAUAACGGUAAUAACUUGUAUGACGGUAAUAACUUGUAUGACGGUAAUAACUUGUAUGACGGUAAUAACUUGUAUAACGGUAAUAACUUGUAUAACGGUAACAACUUGUAUAACGGUAAUAACUUGUAUAACGGUAAUAACUAACUUGAAUAAUCUAGAUACCAUUUUGUUUAAAAACAGAAAACAAUUUUUUUUUUCUCCUUCAAAUAAUUGCCUUGGUUUCAGAUUACCAGGCUGCCAUUCUCCCCACGACCAUCUCACUUUUUACUCACACCCCUCCCACAUUCCCCCAACCCCCAUGAGUUUUCCGUAUGGAUAUGUAGCUGAAUGGCGUCUCAAGAUAAGGUGAUUGCGACCUCGACUUUUUGUCCCAAUCUGCAAGUCAUGGUGGAAACGCUAUAGCAGAGCUCUGUGUUCUCUGCUAAUUAAGUCCCAAAGAUAAAACUGAAACAGUACCACAUCUCGUGACAUUGCUUACAAGAUAUAGGAGCAACUGCUUUAACACCCUUAACUGCGUUACUCGUUUUCGGCACAUUUGAGAGCUCCAUUGACCACACACAGACCCUGGUCAUAUUUGGUAACGUGUUUUGUCGUGAUUGCUCCUAAAAGAAUUGUUGGAUAUUUUAUUCUAAAGUAAAAACAUUACGCCAUGAGAGUACCGUGGGUCAAGAUUCUGUGUAUUCUUGUAAUACUCUGUGCGGUUUUAACAAUUCUUGAAGCCAAGAAAUCAAAAAGAUCCAAGAGAGAAAAUAAAAACAAACAGAAACCGGACAAAGGUCGGCCGCAGAGACCAGGCAAAAAUCCCUCGUACACCGAACCCGUGGAGAUCACUGAAAAGACGGAGUUGGAUUCUGAUAGUGUCCAACAAAAGUGGCCAGAGAAACACCUUACGCAAUCCACGUUAAGCGACGACAGUUCUAAAGACAGCGAUGAAGAUGAUGAUGAUGAUAACGAUAAGAAGAAAAAGAAGAAGGCUACCGUGAAAGCACAUCGCACCACAACUCGACCACCUCUGAGAACAACAACAACAAGGAAAGUAUUUGGGGCACAGAAUGUGACAGCCAGUUUCACAGCCAAUGUGUCAGCCAGUUUGACAGCCAAUGUGACAGCCAGUGUAGGAGCCAAUGUGACCGCGAAUUGGAGGACAUCGACAGCGGAGAUCAAUGCCACAGAUCUUUUCAACAGUAGUAGAGAUUACGGUAGUUACCAACGCCCAGACAAUGCCGGUCACAUGGGACGCAUGGGUCACAUGCCUUGUGCUACAGGGCAUACAAAAUAUGGUAAAUAAAAUUUUAAGAUAACACGUUUCCGGUUAAAUGAGAUAAGAUAAUAAGAUAUGAGUCUUUAUUGAGCCAAAGAAAUGAAGAUGAUUUUUUUAAAAAUUAUUAUUACAUAAUUGUACACAUUCAUUUUAGGCCCAUAAAUAAUCACAUAUUUCAAUCAAGACAACAUUUUACAAUAAUAACAAUCUAAACACAAGACAUCUAAACACAAGACACCUAAACACAAGACAUCUAAACACAAGACAUCUAAACACAAGACAUCUAAACAAAAGACAUCUAAACACAAUACAUUUAAAAAUAAGACAUCUAAACACAAGAGUUAAUAGAAGCAUACUGCCUUACGUGUAAUCCUCAUAGAAGCAUACUGCCUUACAUGUAUCAAAAUAGAAGCAUACUGCUUUAUUCAAGCAUGAAAUCAUAUAAUUUUAAUUAUUUUAAAUACUCAAAUGCAUCAAUCCACCCUUCCAUUCAUCAAUCCACCCUUCCACCCAUCAAUCCACCCUUCCAUCCAUCAAUUCACCCUUCCACCCAUCAAACCGCGUUUCCACCCACCAAUGCCCCCUUCCUACUAUCAAUCCAUCAUUCCACCGAUAAAUCCACCCUUCAACCCAUUAACCCGCCUUCCACCCAUCAAUUCACCCUUCCACCAAUCAAUCGACCCUUCCACCCUUCAAACCAUAUUUCCACAUACCAAUGCACCCUUCCACCCAUCAAUUCACCAUUCCACCCAUAAAUCCACCCUCCCUCCCACCAAUGCUACCUUCCAUCCAUAAAUACAUCCUUCCAACCAUCAAUACAUCCUUCCACCCAUCAAUCCAUCAUCAUCCUUGUAGCCAUCAAACCAGCCUUCCACCAAUCAAUCAAUCCUUCCAGCCAUCAAUCAAUACUUCCACAAAUCAAUCAACCCUUCCACCCAUUAACCCAAACAAAUGCAUAUUGAUAUAGAUCGAUGUACUGAUCAAUAUAUCUUAACAUCACUUUACUUUCAAUAUGUUUAUUGAACAAUUCCUUGAUCUGUAUAUAACAUGACCACUCGAUCCGUCUCUCCACAUCUUUGAACAGACAAAGUAGAGAAAGACAUUACCGCCCUAUGGGGGUACGUCCAAGGUAUAACACAACCUGUACAUGUACACGUACACAACAAAGACGGGGACAUGGAAGUGGACCGAUCACCUCGAGGACACUCAGGUAGGUCAUCGUCAAGUUUUGUAACUUUAGUUCCAGCAUUGAAGGCCUUUGUUUUUUUUUUAUAUUAGGACCCUUUACACUGUAACCUACAUGUGGCCACCAAGGGCAUGACUAUAUUGCAUUAGUUUCUUGCUGUUUCCGUGCCUUCAUACACUCUUUUUUCAAAAUCCAUUUCAUUACAGCAAUAAGCAAAUUUCAAUGAAAACAUUUUUUCGACAUUUUAUUUUUUUCAAACUAAAUUUCUUUUGUAUGUUGAUUCCGUUUAGAAAAAAAGUAUUCGAAGCCGAGGAAAGAAAGGGAGGAAAAGGGCGUGGCAUCAAAAUAUUCCAAGAAAGGGAUGAGAACAGAUACCCGGGGAACUUAUAGACAUCUCAGUCACCAACACAGCAGACACCCUCACGACCAUCAUCAUUCCCACCAUGACCACACCAAACACAAUCACACCGAGCACAAUCAUUCACACCACGAGCACACAAAACACAAUCACACCAAGCACAAUCAUUCACACCACGACCACACCAAACACAAUCACACCGAGCACAAUCAUUCACACCACGAGCACACCAAACACAAUCACACCAAGCACAAUCAUUCACACCACGACCACACCAAACACAAUCACACCAAGCACAAUCAUUCACACCACGACCACACCAAACACAAUCACACCAAGCACAAUCAUUCGCACCAUCAUCACACCAAACACCACCACGCCAAAGACAGUCAUUCACACCACCACCACCAUCACCACACCAAAGACCAUCACACCUACCACGGACACCAGGACCAGCACCACACCAAGCAGCCCGAUCACGUGAUUGGUCGUCUGGGUUUGUCGAAACUGGGAAAAGGCCGUGAAACUCACAUCCACAUCCACAUCCAUGUCAAUGACAAGGGGGAUAAGCAAAACAAGGGAGAUGAGCAAAACAAGAGAGAUGAGCAUCACCAGGAGGAGACACCCAGAAGCGAACAAGAUGGUGAGUCUUCAUUUGUGGUUGAUCGAUGGUGUUUGAAUCGUCAAAUUCGAUGUCAUAUUGUUAUUUUAUUAUAUGAUAUUAUUACUCUUUAAAAUGAUAUAAUAUAAUUACUUUGUUAAUCAUAUGAAAUUAAUUAUUACUUUAUGUAUUAUAUGAAAUUAUUAAUUAUUUAUAUGAUAUUAUUACUUUAUUUAUUACUUGAUAUAAUAACUUUCCAUAAAUAGGCCGUAAAAAUUUAAAGCAAGACUGGCAAAUAAACAGGUUCUGGAUUAGAGACAAACUUCUCUGAUCGCGUAGUUUGAAAUGCCAAAGUAUUUCUGGAUUAGAGACAAACUUCUCUGAUCGCGUAGUUUGAAAUGCCAAAGUAUUUCUGGAUUAAGACAAACUUCUCUGAUCGCGUAGUUUGAAAUGCCAAAGUAUUUCCGGAUGCAAAGGAGAGAGCAGAAAAGGGUGGUGGCAUCAUAAGUGUCAGGGUGUGUGCGUGGGCAUCAUACUGGUGAACGUGGGUAUCAUACUGGUGAACGUGGGCAUCAAACUGGUGAACGUGGGCAUCAUACUGGUGAACGUGGGCAGAAUACUGGUGAACGUGGGCAUCAUACGGGUGUAUGUGGGCAUCAUAGGAGUGUACGUGGGCAUCAUAAGGGUGUUCGUGGGUAUCAUAAGGGUGUACAUGGGUAUUGAACCGAUAUUCCGGAGAGAACUAAAGUCAUCAAUUACAUAGUCGUAUUUAUUUGAUGGGAUUUAACAAUUUUAGGUUAGGAGAAAUAUAUUAUUUUCUAUUUGUGGCUUGGACUCAGUGGGUCGGUUUAAGACUUGGAAUCGUUGUUUCGGUUUCAGACUUGGACUCUGUGGGUCAGUUUAUGACUUGGACUCUGAGGGCCGGUUAAAGACUUGGAGUCGGUGGGUCAGUUUCAGUCUUGGACUCUGAGGGUCGGUUAAAGACUUGGACUCGGUGGGUCAGUUUCAGACAUGGACUCGGUGUGUCAGUUUCAGGGGUUGACUUGGUGGGUCGGUUACAGAUUUUGAUUGGAGGGUCGGUUACAGAUUUGGACUCUGUGGGUCAGAUUCAGACUUGGACUCUGUGGGUCAGAUUCAGACUUGGACUAGUGUGGUUAAGUUUACGACUUGGACUCGGUGGGUCAGUUUCAGACUUGGACUCGGUGGGUCAGUUUCAGACUUGGACUCUGUGGGUUAGUUUCAGACAUGGACUCUGUUGGUUAGUUUCAGAGUUGGACUCAGUGGGUCGGUUAAAGACAUGGACUCAAUGGGUCAGUUUCAGUCUUGGACUCUGUGGGUCAGUUUAUGGUUUGGAUUUGGUGGGUCGGUUACAGAUUUGGAUUGGUGGGUUGGUUACAGAUUUGGAAUCUGUGGGUCAGAUUCAGACUUGGACUCUGUGGGUCAGUUUCAGACUUAGACUAGUGUGGGUAAGUUUAUGACUUGGACUCGGUGGGUCGGUUAAAGACUUGGACUCGGUGGGUCAGUUUCAGACUUGGACUGGUGGGUCAGUUUCAGAAUUUGGACUCUGUGAGUCCGUUAAAGACUUGGACUCAGUGGGUCAGGUUCAGAGUGGACUAUGUGGGUCGAUUAAGGACUUGUACUUGGUGGGUUAGUUUCAGACUUGGACUCAGUGGGUCAGUUUCAGAAUUGGACUCGGUGGGUCAGUUUCAGACUUAGACUCUGUGGGUCAGUUUCAGACAUGGACUCGGUGGGUCAGUUUCAGACUUGGACUCAGUGGGUCGGUUAAAGACAUGGACUCAAUGGGUCAGUUUCAGUCUUGGACUCUGUGGGUCAGUUUCAGAAGUGGAUUCGCUGGUUUAGUUAAAGAGUUGGAUUCGGUGGGUCAGUUUCAGACGCUGCCUCUGUGGGUCGGUUACAGAUUUGGAUUGGUGGGUUGGUUACAGAAUUGGACCCUGUGGUUCAAUUUUAGACUUGGACUCGGUGGAUCAGUUACAGAAUUGGACCCUGUGGGUCAGUUUCAGACUUGGACUCUGUAGUUCAGUUUAUGACUUGGACUCGGUGGGUCGGUUAAAGACGUUGACUCGGUGGUUCAGUUUCAUACUUGGGCUCUGUGGGUCAGUUAAUGACUUGUAUUUGGUGGGUCAGUUUCAGACUUGGACUCUGUAGUUCUGUUUAUGACUUGGACUCGGUGGGUCGGUUAAAGACGUUGACUCGGUGGUUCAGUUUCAGACUUGGACUCUGUGGGUUAGUUUCAGAGUUGGAAAGGUGGAUCAGUAGCAGACAUGGACUAUAUGGGUCAAAUUCAGACUUGGACUCUGUGGGUCGGUUACAGAUUUGGAAAGGUGGGUCGGUUACAGAUUUGGACUCUGUGGGUCAGUUUGAGACUUAAAGUCUGUGGGUCAGUUUCAGACGUGGACUCGGUGGGUCAUUGUCAUUGCUGGUUAGUAAUUGCUGGUUAGUCAUUGCUGGUUAGUCAUUGCUGGUCAGUCAUUGCUGGUUAGUCAUUGCUGGUUAGUCAUUGCUGGUUAGUCAUUGCUGGUCAGUCAUUGCUGGUCAAUCAUUGCUGGUUAGUCAUUGCUGGUCAUACAUACCUGGUAAGUCAUUGGUGGUCAGUCAUUGCUGGUCAGUCAUUGCUGGUCAGUCAUUGCUGGUCAGUCAUUGCUGGUCAGUCAUUGCUGGUCAGUCAUUGCUGGUCAGUCAUGGCUAGUCAGUCAUUGCUGGUCUGUCAUUGUUGGUCCGUCAUUGCCGGUCAGUUAUUGUUUGUCGGUCAUUGUUUGUCACUGCCAAUAACUAUGGGCUGUAGGCGUACUUCAUAUCCCCAUCAUACACUUCAUGCACAUUCGUUUUGUUUCCUCCCAGUCAAGCCGCUGUACGCGACCUGUGACCUGAGGAACCAUGACCCCAAGCACAAUAUUUCGGGCACAAUUUCUUUACGCCAGAAGGUGAGUGUUGAGGACCAUUGAUUCAUAACACAGUGACCAGUUGUCAGAUAUAAGUAAAUGUUAAAACUCAAUGGGCAUCUAGAAGCAAAUGUUAUAACUUGGUGACCAAUUGGGCAUCCAGAAGCUAAAUUUAUAACACAGAGACCAAUGGGCAGCUAUAGAGGCUAAAGUUAUAACACAGAGACCAAUGGGCAGCUACAGAGGCUUAAGUUAUAACACAGAGACAAAUAGGCAGCUAUAGAGGCUAAAGUUAUAACACAGAGACCAAUGGGAAGCUAUAGAGGCUUAAGAUAUAACACAGAGACCAAUGGGCAGCUAUAGAGGCUUAAGUUAUAACAAAGAGACCAAUGGGCAGCUAUAGAGGCUUAAGUUAUAACACAGAGACCAAUGGGCAGCUAUAGAGGCUAAAGCUAUAACACAGAUACCAAUGGGCAGCUAUAGAGGGUAAAGUUAUAACACAGAGACCAAUGGGCAGCUAUUGAGGCUUAAGUUAUAACACAGAGACCAAUGGGCAGCUAUAGAGGUUUAAGUUAUAACACAGAGACCAAUGGGCAGCUAUAGAGGCUUAAGUUAUAAAACAGAGACCAGCGGGCAGCUAUAGAGGCUUAAGUUAUAACACAGAGACCAAUGGGCAGCUAUAGAGGCUUAAGUUAUAACACAGAGACUAAUGGGCAGCUAUAGAGGCUUAAAUUAUAACACAGAGACCAAUGGGCAACUAUAGAGGCUUAAUUUAUAACACAGAGACCAAUGGGCGCAUAUAAAGGCUUAAGUUAUAACACAAAGACCAAUGGCCAGCUAUAGAGGCUAAAGUUAUAACAAAGAGACCAAUGGGCAGCUAUAGAGGCUUAAGUUAUAACACAGAGACCAAUGGGCAGCUAUAGAGGCUAAAGUUAUAACAAAGAUACCAAUGGGCAGCUAUAGAGGGUAAAGUUAUAACACAGAGACCAAUGGGCAGCUAUAGAGGCUUAAGUUAUAACAAAGAGACCAAUGGGCAGCUAUAGAGGCUUAAGUUAUAAACAGAGACCAAUGGGCAGCUAUAGAGGCUAAAGUUAUAACACAGAGACCAAUGGGCAGCUAUAGAGGCUAAAGUUAUAACACAGAGACCAAUGGGCAGCUAAAGAGGCUUAAGUUAUAACACAGAGAUCAGCCGGACGUCAGGAACAAUUUUGUCUUUGAUAGCCAAACAUUUAGCAGACAAUAAAAAGCUAAACUAUUGGGUAAGUACUAAAAAGCUGCAUAAAAUAGGUAGCCACUAAACAGAACCCACCAUUUUCACCGUAGCACUAUCCCCCCCCCCCUCCGUCCUAUUUACAUGAACAUUACACUGGCCGCAACAUGUCAAAAGUGUUAUUUCCAUGAACAUUACCCCGGCCCCAACAUGUCAAAAGGGCCCCCCGGCCCAGCCCCCCCCCCCCCAACCCGCCUCUUCGCUCCUAGUGUCUCAAUAAUACGGUCAGCACUAUGCACAAUAUGAAUUUAGCAAAGGGCUAUCCCCACCGCCCCACACACACCCACACAGACACGCCCGCACGGACAUUUCAUUCGUGUGUCCCUAAACAAAUUGUUCGUGUGUUCCUAAACAAAUUGUUCGUAUGUCUCUAAACAAAUUGUUCGUGUGUCUCUAAACAAAUUGUUCGUGUGUUCCUAAACAAAUUGUUCGUAUGUCUCUAAACAAAUUGUUCGUGUGUCUCUAAACAAAUUGUUCGUGUGUUCCUAAACAAAUUGUUCGUGUGUUCCUAAACAAAUUGUUCGUGUUUCCCUACACAAAUUGUUGGUGUGUUCCUACAUAAAUUGUUCGUAUGUUCCUACACAAAUUAUUGGUGUGUCCCACACAAAUUGUUCGUGUGUCCCUACACAAAUUGUUCAUAUAGCAGUGUCUGAAGUUCACUGGCCAUGUUCGUGUUAUUUUCAUAAGAACUCCUUUCUCUUCUCUUAGCCGGGCCAACAGCUCGAGGUCCGUAUACAGGUGCAAGGCUUCUCUGUCCCGCUGACCGACGACGUGCCACCGAGUCCAGAUGAAGGGACGUGGCCCUCAAACAGUUCGGCCGUGGCCAACGAAACUGUCAGCCGCAUCCCAGUGGUCAGUCAGCACGGAUUCCAUGUCCACGAGUAUGGGGAUUUCAGCCAAGGGUGCCUUUCUUUUGGAGGGCAUUUCAACCCCGAGGGCGUGACCCACGGGCAUCGUAAUGGUGGGAACAUUGGGUGGGCACCAACGCUUAAUUUUAUUUUCAAUAAACCGAUGAAAUAUUUAAUAUACUAUUUUUAUAAUAUCAACCUAGUUCCUAGAUUUGACUGUCCAUCUAGUUUGCGUGUCUUGUCUAGCCUUGUUGUGUCAUUGUCUUUUUGUGUCGUUGUUUUGAUGUGUCGUUGUCUCGAUGUGUCGUUGUCUUGAUGUGUCGUUGUCUUGAUGUGUCGUUGUCUCGAUGUGUCGUUGUCUUAAUGUGUCGUUGUCUUGUUGUGUCGUUGUUUUGAUGUGUCGUUGUCUUUAUGUGUCGUUGUCUUGAUGUGUCAUUGUCUUGAUGUGUCGUUGUUUAUGGGUCGGUGUCUUGAUGUGCCAUUGUCUUGAUGUGCCGUUGUCUUGAUGUGUCGUCUUGAUGUGUCGUUGUCUUAAUGUGUCGUUGUCUUGAUGUGUCGUCGUCUUGUUGUGUCGUUGUCUUGUUGUGUCGUUGUCUUGAUGUGUCGUUGUCUUGAUGUGUCGUUGUCUUGAUGUGUCGUUGUCUUGAUGUGUCGUUGUCUUGAUGUGUCUAGUAUGUCCAACUUUUAUAUUUCUUCUGUUUGUCGUAAACAAUUUUUUUUAAAUGUCUAUUUCUUUUAUGGGCACCUAAAUGUUUACUAGCUUCUAUUCUUUUGCAAUCCGCUUAAGUGAAGGAUAAUGCACAAAUAAACUUAGGUAUGUUCCAAAAUGCAUCCUUGAAUUUUGAAUAGAUAUAAAAAAUGUUCGAAGGUUUGGACUCACCGAGCCCCCUCCUUGGCAUCUCCGACAGCUUUCGCUCGAGAGGCCUCGCCUCCGAUUUCUGCUCCUCCCCCACCCCCACCUCCACGCCCAAUCAAAGUGACGACACGGGAUCGAAAUUUAACUAGGGCUAAAAGCAAACCCUUGGGUGUGUCCAAACAUUCCCUUGGGUGUGUCCCAACAUACCCUUGGGUGUGUCCCGACAUACCCUUGGGUGUGUCACAACAUACCCUUGGAUGUGUUACAACAUACCCUUGGGUGUGUCACAACAUACCCUUGGAUGUGUCACAACAUACCCUUGGGUGUGUCCCAACUGGUGUGAAUUCAGGUUGUUUAUGGCCAGGGCGCCAGACAUAGUGACUAAUUUUAGCGGUGAUUUAUGCCCUUCCCCUCAAACCCCCCUCCAUCACGAUCCCAUUAUGUAUGCUUUGGUUGUACACAUUCAUUUUGAAUUUACCAAAAAUAUUCCCAGAACCCCUCUCUCCCUUUCAGUCUUGAGCCACCGGCGCCCUCGAUUUCUGCUUUCCAUCCUCCAGAUUUUUUUCAAAAUGACAGUAUCUGCAUCUUACAAGGAAGCAAACAUCAGCAACAACAAGAACAACUACUACAACAACAUCAGCAACAACAAGAACAACUACCACAGCCACCACUCUAAACAUUUUCAAAAUGUCAAAACUUGAUUGAAAUCUUCCUUUCCGUAGGCAUGUUGGUGACUGGGGUAACAUCAGCUCUUGAUUGAAAUCUUACUUUCUGUAGGCAUGUUGGUGACUGGGGUAACAUCAACACUUGAUUGAAAUCUUCCUUUCUGUAGGCAUGUUGGUGACUGGGGUAACAUCGAUGUAGAUGCUAGUGGCCAAGCGUUCUCAAACUUUGAAGUCAAGUCUGCAAGUCUGAGUGGUCCUAACUCAAUCAUUGGGCGUGGCAUUGUGGUAAUUUAUAAUUAGUGGUCAAUUGAAAAGUCUGAUAAAUUAGAAAUUAUUGUUCAUUAGAAAUUAUUGUUCAUUAGAAAUUAUUGUUCAUUAGAAAUUCUGAUAAAGUAGAAAUAAGGUAAAUUAGAUAUAUUUUGUAAAUUAAAAAAAAAUAAAAAAUUAACGAAUAAAUUCGAUAAAUCAGAAUUUGCGUUAGAUAACAAAUGAUAUGUUCAAAAAAUAUUAUAAAUACAGUAAUAGUAUUGAACUUAAAUUUAACUAAUUUCACAUUAUGGUAAAUGGAACUCAUUACUUUGAUUUAACAAUCAAUCAAUUGCUCAAAAGGAAAUUUAAAAUAUUGAUGUUUGUCUCCAUGGAAAUGUGUGUCAGUCUCCAUUUAAAUAUAUGUCAGUCUCCAUUAAAAUAUAUAUCAGUCUCCAUUAAAAUAUAUGUCAGUCUCCAUUAAACUAUAUGUCAGUCUAAUAUGGACAAUCUAAUCACUGACAUUGACUCAUUCUCUUGUUUAGUUGUCCACUGAACACAUUCUUGGUAUCAACUUUAUUCUAGAUCCAUGCUCGUGCAGACGACCUGGGUGAAGGUCACACAGAGGCCAGCAAGACCACCGGUGACGCGGGAGGCAGAAUUGCUUGUUGCACCGUGGCUUGGGCUAAACCACGAGUGUAGAACUGGACAGCACUGACCACGUGACCAGUUGUCUGGACAGCACAUUGACCACGUGAUGGAUGGACUGGGAACAGAAAGUUCAUGAGUGUUCGUAUCAAAUACGAGAUCAAAGAAGUCUCAGGAUGGUCGAACCGUCAACUCAUUAAAUUUAUGGUAGUACAUACAUCGUUAUAAUAUUCUCGUAUGAAAUAAAAUGUCAAAAUCAAGGUUCUUGCAGUUGUUCUGUCCUUUGGGAUUUCAUGGUCCGUCUAUGGACAUUUUAUGUUCUGUCAAUUGACAUUUUGUGUUCUGUCAAUGACAUUUUGUGUUCUGUCCAUUGAUAUUUUGUGUUCUGUCAAAGGACAUUUUGUGUUCUGUCAAUGGCAUUAUGUGUUCUGUAUAUGGCAAUAUGUGUUCUGUCAAUUGAUAUUUUGUGUUCUGUCAAUUGAUAUUUUGUGUUCUGUCAAUGGACAUUUUGUGUUCUGUCAAUUGUCUUUGUGUCAAUGUGAUAGAUUCUUUUGUUUGUUUUAAUUUUUAGCAGUGGUUAUUUUUUUGAACAUCACACAUAUAAUCCAUGUACAAUGUUCUAGUUAAACAGCUGCAAACCUUGUACUAGUUGCACCGUUGUAAAACCUUAUACAGUUGUACCUUUGUAUCCCUUUUACUAGUUGUACCAUUCUAAAUCUUGUACUAAUUGUACCAUUCUAAAUCUUGUACUAGUUGUACCUUUGUAAACCUUGUACUAGUUGUCCCAUUGUAAACCUUGUACUAGUUGUACCAUUGUAAACCUUGUACUAGUUGUACCAUUGUAAACCUUGUACUAAUUGUACCAUUGUAAACCAUGUACAGGUUGUACCAUUCUAAAUCUUGUCCUAGUUGUACCAUUGUAAGUCUUGUAUUAGUUGUACCAUUGUAAAUCAUGUACUA